AUGCAUGGAAUCGGUGGUACUCUUUGUGUGGGCAACUUCCACCAUGGUUCUCUCAGUGGAAAGGCUGACAGGCCUGCUCUGCUGAACAAACAGUCUUUAACCCGACCACGGCCUUCUUGGCCAACAGUUGCCUCAAGGGCAGAGGAUGAGGAUGACGAUGACGACGACAAAACCAUACUGUCCAAGGAGCAGAUUGAGGAACUCAAAAGCGCCUUUGAGAAAGGGAGUUUUUCUGACCUAUCCGAGAGGCUCCAAGACGCUCUUCACUGCCUGGAGAACAUCUGCCUGGAUGUGGGUGUCGCUGGUGAACCUGGAGCAGGCAAGUCCACCUUCAUCAACACCUUCCGGGAUCUGCAUGAGGAGGAUGAGGGUGCUGCUCCUACUGGUGGGGCGGGCACCAGUAAGGACCCUGUGGCCUAUUCACACCCCAAGUAUGCCAACGUGGUUCUGUGGGACCUGCCAAGCAUCAGUGCUCCUGGUUUCAGCGUGAGAACUUACCUGGAGGAGAUCAAAGUAUCCCGCUAUGACUGCUUCAUCAUCAUUGCCUCUCAGCGCUUCACCUCUGCCCACGCCAAACUGUCUCGUCACAUCAAGAAAGCUGGCAAGGACGUUUACUUUGUCCUCUCCAAGGUGGAUGUGGAACUGGAAGCUGCCCGGCAGAGCCAACCAUCUGGAUUCAGCGAAGUGGUGGCCCUGCAGAAGAUCCGAGAGGCCUGUGUGCAAGACCUCCAGGCCGAGCGAGUGAAAGCCCCCAAGGUAUUCCUGAUCUCCAGCGUUGUGGCCAGCAAGUACGACUUCCCCCUCCUUGGGGAGAGCCUCAGCGAGACCCAGGAUGUACAGAAGAGCCACUCCUUCAUCUUAGCCACUCCCAACAUCUCCCACCGCAUCCUGGAGAAGAAGAAGGCCGCCAUGGUUGAGCACAUGUGGCUGGUAUCGGCAGUAGCCUGCGGCCAACGGGCUGUGCCCAUCCCGGCACUUUCGAUCGCAUGCAACGUGGACCUCCUGGCCAAGACCCUGCAGGGCUACUGUGUCAGCUUUGGCUUGGAUGAUUCCUCCUUAAAGAAAGCAGCUGAGCACACGGGGCAGCCUUUGGAGCAGCUCAAAGCCCUGGUCAAGUCACCGCUGGCUGUGGCCAUCACCGAUGAGCAGGUGGUGGAACUGCUGAUGGAGGCAGCCAGCAAAGCGCUGAAGCUGCCCAGAGACCUGGUGCCAGUGGCUGAGAUGGGCCCGUCGUUCACCGUGGUGUACAAUAUGCUGAAGAUUUUUGUGGAUGAGGCAGCAGCAGAUGCCCACCGGGUGCUGCUCAAAAUGUUUAUGAGCCACAAGCCUAGAAGUGAGUCAGACCAACAUAUUGUGAGCCCUGGAGGCAGCAGAGGGAUCUUCUGACCCAGGGACACAGAAACAUGAUGUCUAGAGCAGAGAAAGAAAGCACAUGGCCCAAGCACUCAAA